GUGUGAGUCCAGAGCAGAGAGUGACGUCGGAGAAAGGACUACACCAAAAUGUCCAAACGAGACCAGCAGCUUCACACGCUGAGAGUCGAUGAAGUGCUGGUGGAAGUUGGGCACCUGUCUGCUGUUCCAAUUUAUCAUUAACUGAAUUUAACUCCUUGCUUUCUUGUAGCUGAUUAUGGAAGAGGUGCACAAGAGCAGCAGCAACAGUUCAGUGACGCCUUCACAAACACCGGCUGUACAAGGUACAACACUACAGGCAGCUCAGCUCUCUCAUAUUGCUCAACAGAUGUCUCUACGAGGUCCUGCUCCCCUGACAGUCGUUCAGCUUCCUGGAGAACAAGUCCAGGUCCAGGGAGUCAUUCAGACAGCUCAGUCCUCUUCUGUAAUCCACUCACCUCAGGUGCAAACAGUGCAGGUAUCUUUGUCUGAGAGUGAGGACUCUCAGGACUCAUCGGACAGCAUCGGCUCUUCCCAGAAAGCUCGAGGCAUCUUAGCUCGUCGUCCCUCGUACCGAAAAAUUUUGAAAGAUCUUUCUUCUGAAGAUACUCGUGAUAGAAAAGGAGAUGAGGAGAGUCCUGGAGUCUCCACUGUUACAUCUAUGUCCGUUCCCACGCCCAUCUACCAGACGAGCACUGGACAGUACAUUGCCAUCGCUGCAAAUGGGCUACAGCUGGCCAGCCCGGGCACGGACGGGGUGCAGGGCCUGCAGGCGCUGACGAUGACCAACGCCGGCGGCGCUCAGCCUGGCACAACCAUCCUGCAGUACGCACAGACGUCGGACGGGCAGCAGAUCCUCGUACCCAGCAACCAGGUGGUAGUGCAGACUGCGUCGGGGGACAUGCAGACUUACCAGAUCCGCACCACCCCGACCACCACGUCCCUCCCCCAGACCGUGGUGAUGACAUCUCCUGUCACUCUGACAUCACAGACAAGUAAGACAGACGAUCCGCAGUUGAAACGAGAAAUCAGGCUGAUGAAGAACCGAGAAGCUGCUCGAGAGUGCCGCCGAAAGAAGAAAGAGUAUGUUAAAUGUCUGGAAAAUCGUGUUGCGGUCCUGGAAAAUCAGAACAAAACUCUAAUUGAAGAGCUAAAAACUUUGAAAGAUCUUUACUGUCAUAAAAGUGUGUAGGAAAAGAAGGUAAAACUUUUGUGGACUGUUUAAAUUUCAGAGGAGAAAUUUUUUUUUUAUACUGAAUUUUUUAAACUAGAUGAAAGGUCAAAAAUGAAACUUUUCUACCUAGAUUUCACAACUUAAAGACUAUAUAGAUUUUAUUUACAACAUGUUGGUGACAAAGUACAAAAAGGAAACAAGAAAACCUCACCAAAAUUCCUGCUGGCACAACUGGAAACUUAAAAAAGUCAAGAUUGCAUCUACAGUAAAAGGACAGUCACGUUUUACGAGGCAGGUGAUUAGAAUUUCUUUGCAAAGUUCUACAGAUACCUCUUGUAGUGGAGGCAAUAUUUGGUUACAAUUAAAACGUGGAUGAAAUGGAAUCCUUGCCAUAGUUGACAUUAUUAGUCACAUUUAUAACCAGUAUAUGUUUUGAUUUCUUACUCUUUCUCAGUCCUUGCUUUUUCUCUCAGUUAUUUGUAUGUAAAUAUUUUUAUUUUAACCUGUAAGUUGUUAUUUACAGGUGCAGAUGAUAAAAAAAAAAACAAACAAAAAAAAGCUAAUACUUUGCUAGAGGUAUAAAUUAUGUUUACUCUUUCUCAGCUGACAAUUUAAAAAGUUGGGGUUGGUUUUUUGUUUUUUGGGUUUUUUUUGUUUUUUUUUCAAUGUUUGCUGUGUUUAUCAAAUUUGGGAAGGAUCUGCAGAAAGCAGUGAGAGGCCUAGUCCUGAAAAUCUCUGAGGCACAUGAAAUAAGGUGUUGACUUUUCUUAAGAGAAUUCAACACGUCCAAUUAUUUUAAAGUACAGUGUGGUAGAACGAGUACUGGUGAACAAAGGUUUCUGAGGAAUGAUUUCACAAUAGUUUGUUCGUAGUUGCUGGGCAUGAUAAACAUCUAUAAUUGACAAAUAAAUUGUGUGCUGAUUAUCUAUACGAUUAAACACGCAUUGCUUAUUCUGUCUGGAGAUUCUACUGUGCUUUGGAACAUUUAAACCAAAUAGAAGACGAACGAUAAAAUAAAAAUAAAAAAACAUUGAAGAUAUAUACCAAAGGGUUAAUGAGGUUCUAAUAUAUGGUUUAUAAUGCUGAAAGUAGUGCAAAAUUUCCGGACUUAAUUUUGUAAGGUAGGCGAUAUUUUGCAAAGUAAUGGUAUCUUUGUAAGAAAAUAUUCUAUUGAAAAACAGGUAGAUGGUUGGUAUAUUUUGUAGCUAAAUUGUGAUCUUUACAAAUUCUGAAAUUGAGUUUAUAUACGUAUUUUGACAGUUUAUAUAUUUCAUUUUAGUAAACAAAUGAAAUAUUUUGUGAACCAGAUUUUCAAGCAUAUAUUUUUAUGGAUAGUACAAAGUCAAAUGAGAUCCUCUUUGGUGUAGGAGAUAUUUGAAUUAAUUUUGUAUGUCUGUAGGCAACUUGCAAAAAAAAACCAAACCUGAUCCUAAAGAGUAUUGGGAAAAAAAAAAAAAAAGAAAAAAAAAAAAAAAAGGCAUCAGGGCUUUUUAUUCCCCACAGUUGAUAAUAUCUGCACAUUAGAUCUGAUUGCUAUCAGAGAUUCUAGUUUGUAUGAUUUUGUUUCAGGUGAAAAAUUAAACGUUUGACAUGAUCAGGACUCUUUUGGGUGUGGAAUCUCCAUUCUUGGAGAUACUCAAAAGCCGUCUGGAUGCGGUCCUGGGCGACCUGCUCUAGGUGACCCUGCUCGAGCAGGGCUGGGACGAGGUGACCUCCUACGGUCCCGUCCAACCUCAACCAGUCUGUGAUUCUGUGAAGUAGAAACAUGUGUAUGCAGUGCUUUUUUUUUUUUUGCAUGAAUAAUAAAUACACUAUUUUCCAUAGUUAGGAUUGAAUCCUGCUUCCAGUUAUGUCAGCGGGAAUUUGCACUAUGGACUACGCUGUUAAAAAAAGGUGUUAGAGCUCCGUGUGUGUGUCGUGCUAGCUCAGAUCCGGAUGAAAUGAACAGAUGUACUCACUCCCUAGAUGUGUAACGCUUAUCAUAUGGUCAGUCAGUAUUUUUUAUUUUACUCAUUUUCGAAUUAAUGGACUUAGCAAGCAGAGCUCUUUGCAAACGGUAUGAGAAAGACUGCAUUCCACAAUCACACUGUUAGUGGGCUAUAAAAAUACUUUUUUUUUUUUUUUUUUUUUUUUUCUGAAGUUUCUAAAUAUACGACUGUUUUGGACAUGGUCCACGAUACGUGUCCUUUAGGCCAAACUGGAGUAAGACAUUUCUGGUCACGACCAUGUCCAAAAAAGAGCAUUUUCCUUGCCCGUCAAAAAUCGUGAGCAAGGUCGAGAAAGUCAUUGCAUGUGGGAACUGCUCCAGAGAGGUGCUCGGUGCCUCCUGUUCCUCUCAGUGGGAUUUCAGGAGAAAUGAACAGCUUGGAACGUGCUCAGCACCUCGCAGGAUUGGACCUUCCCUCUCUGUCUCCCAUCAGGGGUGUGUAUGCUCUCUGGUUUAUGUUUAGGAGGGUUUGACCUACAGUACUGAAACUAAUUUGGUAACUCCUCUGUAUGGUAUUUUGCUCCUCACUGUGUGCUGUUGUUCCUUUACCUUCUCUUGUAAUACGGAAUAAUAAUAAUAAAAUAAAAAAAAAAAAAGCUGUCAAGUGUUAAGACUGUAAAAAAAAAAAUGGUGGCCAAUUCUUUCUGUAUUCAGCAAGUGAAACACAUGUAGUGCUGCCAGACAUAACGUUAGUAAAUUUUUAUCCUCUUAAAAUAGUGUUUUGGAAAGAGCAGCUUAUUUUUCAUCAUGGAAAUAUUAAACCGUAACAUGAGUUUGCUCUUUAAGUAAUCACUUAUCAUGAAGUACUUAUUUUGGAUUUACUUCAAAACCUAGAUUGUAAGAGAGUAAAAACCUGUAUCCUGAGAGUAAGAGAUAUAGUACCUAAUACUGUUCUGCUGGUUAUUUCCAAACAAAAGUACAUGCUUUCUAUGAACUGUAAAUAUUUGUUGAAACAAUUAGAUGGUUGCAAAUUUUGACCUUGGUAAAUAAAGUCGCCAAAAUAUAA